CUCCGUCUCUUACUCCUUCUUCCUGUCUGUACAAAGACUCCUGGGCUUUCGGGAUUAAGAGAUCAUCUGCGUCGUUCGGUGCGAUCCCGUCCUUGGCUCUACGACUCGAUCUCCUUUCAACUUUCAGUUUCCCGAACCUGUAAUACUUCCCCGCAAUGGAGUCCGAGGCAUUCGAGGACAUGCAGAAGGGGGGCGGAACCCUUCGCACUCUCAAGGAUUUGGGUGCUGGUGCUGCUGGUGGAAUUGCUCAGGUGCUUCUUGGACAACCUUUUGACAUUGUCAAGGUCCGCCUGCAAACCACCACCCAGUACUCCAGUGCUCUGGACUGCGCCACCAAGAUCCUGAAGAACGAGGGCCCCUUCGCCUUUUACAAGGGUACCCUGACUCCGUUGAUCGGAAUCGGUGCCUGCGUCAGCGUUCAAUUCGGUGCUUUCCACGAAGCCCGCAGACGUCUGGAGAAGCUCAACAAGAAGAAGUACGCGGACAGCACUCUCUCCUACACGCAGUACUACAUGGCCGGUAGUUUUGCCGGUCUCACCAACUCCUUCCUGUCCGGCCCUAUCGAGCACGUCCGUAUCCGUCUGCAAACCCAGCCCCACGGAGCUGAUCGUCUGUACAACGGCCCCAUCGACUGCAUCCGCAAGCUCUGCAACCAGGGCGGUGUUCUCAAGGGUCUCUUCCGCGGUCAGAACGUCACUUACCUCCGUGAAGCCCAGGCCUACGGAACCUGGUUCUUGGCUUUCGAGUACCUCAUGAACCAGGAUGCCAAGCGCAACAACGUCAAGCGUGAGGACAUCUCCAGCUUGAAGGUCGCUACCUACGGUGGUUUGGCUGGCGAGGCCCUCUGGCUGUCCAGUUACCCCUUCGACGUCGUCAAGAGUAAGAUGCAGUGCGAUGGCUUCGGCGCCCAGCAGCAGUUCAAGAGCAUGACCGACUGCUUUAAGAAGACUUAUGCUGUUGAGGGUCUCGCUGGCUUCUGGAAGGGUAUUGGUCCUACCUUGCUGAGGGCUAUGCCUGUGUCGGCGGGUACUUUUGCUGUUGUCGAGCUCACCAUGAGAGCCCUGGGCUAAGCUACUUGGCCCCAUCGACUUAGCACAAGAAAUGAAAUGAAAUAAUACCCAAGUUUGGUGGUGGUUUAGGGUUUUGAUAUCCCCCGUUUCUAGUUUUCUUUCAUUCAUUCAACAGGCUCUGGAGGAAAAGUUCCGCUUAGACAUCAUCCUUUUUUUCAAAAACAAUGUUAAACUCGCAUGGUUAUAUAGAGUUACUCGUUUUUCCUUCUGGCAAAGCAUUCAGGAUUUCAACACUUGGCCAGCUCAAUAUG